AGAAACACAACAAUGACUUUGAGAUGACAUCCUUCUGGCUGGCCAACACCAGCAGACUCCUGCACUGUCUGAAGCAGUACAGUGGGGAUGAGGCGUUUAUGACCCAGAACACGACCAAGCAGAAUGAGCACUGCUUGAAGAACUUUGACCUGGCAGAGUACCGGCAGGUCCUGAGCGACCUGUCCAUCCAGAUCUACCAGCAGCUAAUCCGGGUGGCAGAGGCAAUAUUACAGCCCAUGAUUGUGUCGGCUAUGUUGGAGAGCGAGAGCAUCCCAAGCCUUGCGGGUGUGAAGCCCAUGGGCUACCGGAACCGGUCCUCCAGUAUAAACUGCGAGAGCGGGGGUCCGGUGGGGUACACGCUGGAGGCGCUGAUCCGCCAGCUGGGCCAGUUCUCCAGCACCAUGGGGGCCCACGGGCUGGACCCUGAGAUCUCCCAGCAGGCCGUGCGGCAGCUCUUCUACUGCAUCAACGCCGUGACGCUCAACAACCUGCUGCUGCGCAAGGACGUGUGCUCCUGGAGUACAGGCAUGCAGCUCCGGUAUAAUAUCAGUCAGAUGGAGGAGUGGCUUCGGGGGAAGAACCUGCAGCAGUGUGGCGCAGUGCUCACCAUGGAGCCCCUCAUCCAGGCUGCUCAGCUCCUGCAGUUGAAGAAGAAGACUUCCCAGGAUGCCGAUUCCAUUUGCUCCCUCUGCACUGCUCUCACCACUCCACAGAUUGUGAAAAUCCUCAACCUGUACACCCCGCUGAAUGAGUUUGAGGAACGAGUCACCGUGUCCUUCAUCAGGAGCAUCCAGAGCCGGCUGCAUGACCGCAAUGAUGGGACACAGCUCCUGGCAGACACUAAGCACACGUUCCCCGUGCUGUUCCCCUACACCCCCUCCGCCCUCAGCCUGGAGAGCCUGCACAUCCCGGCCUGCCUCAACCUCCACUUCCUGUCCCGAGUCUGAGGGCUGGGCUCUGUCUGCCCUCCACUUCCUGUCUCAGUCUGAGGGCUGGGCUCUGUCUGCCCUCCACUUCCUGUCUCAGUCUGAGGGCUGGGCUCUGUCUGCCCUCCUAUAACCGCUCAGAUGGGCUCUGUCAUAAAGCCUCUGUCACCAGCAUCCUGAUCCAGCACAGCCUUUCAGCCUAAACCAGCCUUCAACCAGGAGAUCCCGCACCAUUACAUUAUUGGCAUUUUGGCAGACGCUCUUGGCAACAACACCCAAUAUCUCGGAACAUCUCCCCCGUGGAGCGAGCCUUCACACACAGACUGGGCUCAGACCUACAGCCUGUCCUUUAGGCCACUGGAUACUCUUCUGUGAUGGUCCGCAUGGUCCUGUCAGUGCAGUGCUUAUGACAAUAUUCUCCGGCCUUCAUUGUGCUGGAGCUCUUUGCUCUCAGGGACUCACUUUCCCAACAGUGAUCAGAGCUGCCUCCCCUGGGAUCAGAACCGUCCCCUGCCUCACCUGGGAUCAGAGCUGCCUCCCCUGCCUCACCUGGGAUCAGAGCUGUCCCCUGCCUCACCUGGGAUCAGAGCUGUCCCCUGCCUCACCUGGGAUCAGAGCUGUUACCUGCCUCACCUGGGAUCAGAGCUGUCCCCUGCCUCACCUGGGAUCAGAGCUGUCACCUGCCUCACCUGGGAUCAGAGCUGUCACCUGCCUCACCUGGGAUCAGAGCUGUUACCUGCCUCACCUGGGAUCAGAGCUGUCCCCUGCCUCACCUGGGAUCAGAGCUGUCACCUGCCUCACCUGGGAUCAGAGCUGUCACCUGCCUCACCUGGGAUCAGAGCAGUCACCUGCCUCACCUGGGAUCAGCGUGUAUGGGCCUGGCCAGGUGACAUUACUGCAGGGAGAGAAAGGGAGAGAGGGACAUGGAGACAGUGAGGGGAAAAGAGAGCAAGGGGAUGGAUGAACAGAGAGAGGAAGGGAGAAGGGAAUAGAGGAAGGAGGCAGAGAUAAGAGUGAGAGAGGAAGAGAGGAGAGGGGGAUAUGGAGUGUGUAUGUGUAUGUAUUUCAGUAGAUGACGGGACAGGUGUGUAUGUAUUUCAGUAGAUGACAGGGGACAGGUGUGUAUGUAUUUCAGUAGGUGACAGGGGACAGGUGUGUAUGUAUUUCAGUAGAUGACAGGGGGCAGGUGUGUAUGUAUUUCAGUAGAUGACAAGGGACAGGUGUGUAUGUAUUUCAGUAGAUGACGGGACAGGUGUGUAUGUUUUUCAGUAGGUGACGGGGCAGGUGUUUAUGUAUUUCAGUAGGUGACGGGGCAGGUGUGUAUGUAUUUCAGUAGAUGACAGGGGACAGGUGUGCAUGUAUUUCAGUAGAUGACAGGGGACAGGUGUGCAUGUAUUUCAGUAGAUGACAGGGGACAGGUGUGUAUGUAUUUCAGUAGAUGACAGGGGACAGGUGUGUAUGUAUUUCAGUAGAUGACAGGGGACAGGUGUGUAUGUAUUUCAGUAGAUGACAGGGGGCAGGUGUGUAUGUAUUUCAGUAGGUGACGGGGCAGGUGUGUAUGUAUUUCAGUAGAUGACAGGGGACAGGUGUGUAUGUAUUUCAGUAGAUGACGGGACAGGUGUGUAUGUAUUUCAGUAGAUGACAGGGGACAGGUGUGUAUGUAUUUCAGUAGAUGAAAGGGGACAGGUGUGUAUGUAUUUCAGUAGAUGACAGGGGACAGGUGUGUAUGUAUUUCAGUUCUGCAGAGCCAAUCCAGCACAAGGACUCCACAGAAGACAAGUUAGAAGAAGGAGAGAUCAAUCACAACAACUUUUGAAAUUCAGAGAGUACCUGCUAGAAUGUUCCAGAUGAGAGAGGACAGAACACACCGGCUGUAUCAGCUGGGUUCCAGCUCCGAAAGUUAACCUGUCCUGCAGCAGACCUGUUUGUGAGGGGUGUAGUUUUUAUCUAGCUAAAGACUGUACAGCUUCCUGGUCCAGCUGAAGAAGCGAUGGCAGAACCUUUAUUCGUUAUUUUUCUGUUAUCUCCUGCUGUUCCAUUCAGGCCAUGCCACCGUUUAAAAUCUUUACAGUAAUAAAAGGUGUUGUACAUGGGAGUCGUAUUUCAGCCCCAGAGGGUGAUGGGUGAUCAGACUCGGCGGUGCUGGAUCUAGGCGGUGCUGGAUCUAGGCGGUGCUGGAUCUAGGCGGUGCUGGAUCUAGGCGGUGCUGGAUCUAGGCGGUGCUGGAUCUAGGCGGUGCUGGAUCUUUGUGCCGGUGAUUCAGAUUCAGAUUUUAUUUUAUGCUUUUAAUGUAUUUUAAUGUACGUGGAAAUUUACGUUUGAUAUUGCCUUUAUAUUUGUUUGGGGGGGAAAGGCAGGGGGCUGUAAGGCAGAGGGUUGUAAGGCAGGCACCACUAAUGUUGUGUUAUCCCAUCUUCUUUUUUCAUUUUUUUCAGUUUGUGUUAUGUGCUGGCACCUGCAGUCAGAUGUGUGGUAAUGCACAAGACUGAGUGGCCAGAUUUAAUCAAAAUGCACUCCACUGUGUCUGGGUGAAAGGACACAGUCAACAGCAAUAUGAAAUGCACACUUACACACACACACACACACACACACACCGACACACACAAGCAUGUCGCAUUAGGCAGCAGGGAGCAGUAAAUUUCUGCCUUACAGGGUCAGUGCUCUACUUGUAUUUGCCAAACUGCCCAUCUUAGAAAAGGCCUCAGCUGAGGGUUGCAUGUGCCAUAACCACACCUGACACCUGUUUUGCUUUCACCACAUUCAUACAGGUGAACAGAGAUUUAAAGAUGGAUGGUUAUCAAUAUGUCCACAUCCAUACAGGUGAACAGAGAUUUAAAGAUGGAUGGUUAUCGAUAUGUCCACAUCCAUACAGGUGAACAGAAAUUUAAAGAUGGAUGGUUAUAGAUAUGUCUGCUUCCUGGUUACAUGUCAGUUUAGCCUCCCCUGUGGUUUCUUUGAGUGGUACAAGAUGGUAUGUGUCUGUCUGUCUGUGUGUGCAUACCUCUCUGUUUGUGUAUAAGUGCGUCAUACAUUGGGGGUUUUAUAUAUGCAAAUGUGGUAUGUAGUGGCCUUUGAAGGCUGCAGUAAAAUCUCUUUGAUUUUGAGAAAAAUUUACGAUUUAUGCUAUGCUAAUCAAAACGGAAAGAGUUUUUCUAUUUGAACAAAGGUGUACACUGCACGUUGCUGUCUAUAGAAAAUCCAUUAUAUCAUUCAACAUAUGAAAAUAAUAAAGGCUGAUUUUUUUAUAUA